ACUUAAGUCGUCGCCCGACUCCUUUCCUUUUCCUCCUCUCUUCUCCUUGUAACUCAAACUAUAGCACGCUUCCAGAAGUCACCUCGAGGAUACUAUUACUUCCAGACGACGAUCAGCCGAACUGCUAGAUCUAUUGGAUAGGUAGACAGUCGCGAGCAUACCUGGGAAAUCGAUUCCCUCUAUCGCAUGCAUUCAGCCAGUAGAACAAGUCUCCUAGCUCCUAGCACCCAACCAGCGGUGUGCACGAUCCUGCAGUCGGUCGACCUCUUCUGUACCUCUAUCUAGACUUCCUCCCCGUACCCCCAAACCCACACUUCCCCCGAAGCCAACCGCUUCCCUUCUUCAAAAUGUGUCAAUAUACAUACAGCUGGUACUGUUGCAACCACUCCUACUUCAUCUGGUCCGACAGCAUCGAAAUCUGCCCCAACCGCCUCCUGAGCGGCUAUUCCUACGACGCCUGGUCCAUCGAUAUGUGCCGGAACAUGCGCGUCACCUGCGGCGGGUUCUCCAACUAUUACUGCGUGGAUUGCAGCGAGGACGUGAAUUUGGAGUUCGAGCUGGACGAGUUAUAGAUGUGGCGAGAUAAGAGCUUUUGACGAGAUUUAAGAGGAUCUCUCAGCUGGAUAUUGAGACGGUCUGAGUUUAUGGCGUUGGGGGCCCCUGGUACAUUUCUCAUCACUACGAGCUCGCACUUGCGAGCAUUUUGGGCCACUCAAUCUUACGGUUUAUAU